AUGAAACAAGUUCUUCAACUAACUAAUAGUUUGUCAAUACAUUUUCAAAAAAAAAAUGCUAAUUACUCAAGUGUUGGAAUUUUAACAAAUGCUACUUUAUUGGAACUAGAAUCACUUCGAAAUGAUGAUAGUUAUAAACUUUUUUGGACUAAAACUGAACAGUUUGCUACUAAAGAGGAUAUUAGAUUGCCAGAUAUUCCUAGAAAAAGAAAAAUUCCCUCUAGAUUUGGAGGUGGUGAAGCUACAACAAUAAACAAUAUAUCAUCUUAUUUCAAAGUCAGUAUUUAUUUUCCCGUUUUAGAUAUUAUAAUCAAUGACAUAAAAACCAAAUUUGAGGAAAACAAUAUCACAAUACUUAAUGCUCUUCAAUGUUGUUUGAGCAACAAAAACUGCUCUGAUGAAAAUAUCUUGGAAGUUUGUAACACAUAUGAUAUUAUAAUAGAUGAUUUUAAGGCAGAGUUAAAGUUAUUUAGUAAAAUGUGUUUAUCAAGUGACAUUCCUGAAAAUUUUGAAAAUCGUCUGAAUUUUUUCUUGUCCAAGGACUUAAUAGGCUCGUUUGAAAAUAUGUAUAAGAUUUUUAAAAUAUAUUUAUCGAUUCCCAUGAGUUCUGCUUCUAGUGAGCGUUCUUUUUCAUCUUUACGUCGUCUCAAGACAUUUACUAGAAAUACUAUAGGUCAAGAAAGACUAUCUAACAUAGCUAUUUUAAAUAUAGAAAAUAUGUAUCCAAUGAAUUUUGACAAAAUUAUUGAUCAGUUUAGCGCAGAAUCAACCCAAAGAGGUAGAAGACUACAAUUAAUAUAA